AUGCAAUCAAGCCGCCCAUCCGCCGGGCCCAUCCCCCGCAAGCGGCGCAGUGUCGAGGAGGAAGCAGGCAUUUCCGAUCCCAGAUUUGACACGACUACCACCAUCGUGGCCGAGCCGAUCAACUCUGUCGCGAGUAAUAAAGUUGCGGCUAGCCCCAUCGAUACCAACGACGACGAAUCACACCCAUCUCGCCAGCGCUCUCCACCGCCGCAGUAUCCCGCCUCCGAGGCCUCAGGCCCGUCUUCGUCCGCUUUCCGGCCGCCACCUUCGUUUUCGUCGCUCUUUCCAGCUACCACCAACACCGAUACCCAGGACCGCGAGUCAUCCGAGUCCGUUCUCGAGCCGUGCGAACCAUACAAAGCCGCCGUUGAAGACACAACCUCUCCAGGGGUAACAACAGAAACAGCCGCCGCGUCUUCUUCCGCCUCACCAUCCUCCUCAUCCUCCCCUUUCGCGGCCCCAGCCUACGCGCCCGUCGCCGAAAACGCCGCCGAGUCAUCGAAUAGCGCGUCCGCUGCUCUUCGAUUCCAGUACGAAACUAAACGCGCGCUUCCGCAGGAUAGCAAGGGUGGUAGCAGUAGCGCGAAGGACGAGGAUUCAGAACCGCCACCGGCAUAUUCCGAGGGAUCUAGUCCCCUCGAUUCCUUUUCAUACCUCAUGGCUGCCGCAGGAGGAGCUGCGAGUAUUAUUACUCAGGUUCAGCAGGGUGGGCCAUCGCUCAACCCGCUGGGGGAUGUACCCGGGGAUGAAACGAUUGUGAUGGACUUGCGGGGCACUCGCUUCAAGCUGUCUAGAGACGAGCUGCUGACGCUCCCCGAGUUUGUCCUACUGUCGCUUUUCCCUAAUGGGCUGUUCCCCGAAGGGCAUAUGGGCGGGUUCACGGAAGGCGAUGCGGUCCAGGUUGACUACGACCCAGCAUCGCUCCAGUACAUGCUUGACUUCUUCCGCAACGUGGCCCAGAGCAUCCCGGCCGAGCCCAACGGCGACGGCACCGACGGUGUGGUGCCGCUGGACCCCACUGCGCGGGACGAGAGCAGUCGCCGCGCUGGCAUUAUCGUGCUCCGUGAGGACCUCGACUUUUACGCCAUCCCGCCUAAGCAGGAUAUUGACCAGCCCGAGAUGAUCGAGGUCAAGCGGGCGGCCGCGCGCGCGCUGCUCAAGCAGGACGGCAUCUUUAGUGGGCUGAAGAAGAGUGAUGAGCCGGGUACGACCGAGGCACAUCUCAUUGAGAUGCUCACUGCUGGUGGCUUCAACCACGACGAUCGAUGGGGCCACCGCGCGGGCGAGCCCAACAAGGCCGUGAUCUGCUCGCUAGCCCUCGCCCGCCUGCGCUCCGACAUCCGCGGUAACGACAUGGGAAGCAGUGCUGUGGGUAUGGCCCAAAAGCUGCUGCUGUUCUGGCGCAAACCGGCCCGUCGCUGCUGGUGGGAGGGCGUGGAGCUCGAGGGUGUGGAGGGCUUGCCUGCGGGUACCAAGCUGAAGGUUUGGAUCCGGCGGGUGUGGACGCUCGAGAUGAGCGUUAUUGGGUUGCGUUGA